UUCAAGACUAACAUAUCAGACUGCAGUUCCACACGGAGCCUCUUGGAGCCGCUGUCGGCCAGUGCAGGACAAGCGAGGACGCCCAGGAUUCUUCAGCCUCUAGCCUGGGAUUUCCUGCACAGCCAACAACACAGGGAAGGAAACCUACUUACACACUGGGGCUCCCGGCCGCGCAGGCUCUCCCCAGCACACACGGAUUCCCAGCUCCGCCUGUCCUAGGCGGAAUGCUCUUUCAGUGACGCUGUGGGUUGCAGUUUCUUCAGCUUUCGAAAAAGUCUGGGACGCAGCGAGAACUAGAGCGCGCAAUGGGAGGGAGCUGCGCUCAGAGACGCCCAGCCCGCCGGCCGCAGGUACUGUUUCCCUUCCUUCUUCCUUUGUUCUACCGCGCGCUCUGCGAGCCGAUCCGCUACUCGAUUCCGGAGGAGCUGGCCGAGGGCUCGGUGGUGGGGAACCUCGCCAAGGAUCUAGGGCUCGGUGUCCUGGAGGUGUCGGCUCGGAAGCUGCGUGUUAGCGCGGAGAAGCUGCUUUUCAAAGUAGACGCGGAGAGCGGGGAUUUACUCGUGAAGGACAGAAUAGACCGUGAGCAGAUUUGCAAAGAGAGAAGAAUAUGUGAGUUGCAGUUGGAAGCCGUGGUGGAAAAUCCUUUAAACAUUUUUCAUAUAAUUGUGGUUGUUGAGGAUAUUAAUGACCAUGCUCCCCAAUUCGAUAAAAAGGAAAUACUUUUAGAAAUUUUUGAAUCUAUAUCCCCUGGUGUACGGAUAUCCCUAGACCCUGCCACCGACCCCGAUAUAAACAUGAACUCAGUUAAAGAUUAUCGGAUAAAUCCUAACCCUUAUUUCUCACUAAUGGUUAGAGUUAAUUCCGAUGGUGGCAAGUACCCAGAGUUAUCCUUGGUGAAAUCCCUAGACCGGGAAGAGCAGCGGUCUCAUCGCUUGAUACUGACUGCCAUGGAUGGAGGGGACCCGCCACGAAGUGCCACGGUUCGAAUAGAAAUCUUUGUCAAAGACACAAAUGAUAAUUCCCCAGUAUUCAGCAAAGAGGAAUAUAGAGUCAGUGUAAGUGAAAAUCUGCCCCCUGGGUCCUCCAUAUUGCAAGUGACAGCUACUGAUCAGGAUGAAGGGAUCAAUGCCGAAAUAAACUACUACUUCAGGAGCACUGCUCAGAGUACAAGGCACGUGUUCUCACUGGAUGAGAAAACAGGCAUGGUUAAGAAUACUCGGCCUUUGGAUUUUGAAGAUACAGAAAGACACACUAUGGAAGUGGAAGCAAAGGAUGGAGGUGGCCUUUCUACUCAAUGUAAGGUGAUCAUAGAAAUACUAGAUGAAAACGACAACAACCCAGAAAUAAUCAUCACUUCUCUCUCUGAUGAGAUUUCGGAGGAUUCCCAUCCAGGAAUGGUUGUUGCCCUCUUCAAAACACGGGACCCAGAUUUCGGAGGAAAUGGAGAAGUCACAUGUAACAUAGAAAGAGAUAUUCCUUUCAAGAUUUCCUCCUCUUCUACUAAUUACUACAAGCUUGUGACAGAUGGGGUCUUAGACCGAGAGCAUACUCCGGAGUACAACGUCACCAUCACAGCCACCGACAAAGGCAAGCCGCCCCUCUCCUCCAGCAUUACCAUUACCCUGCACAUCACCGACGUCAACGACAACGCUCCGGUUUUCCAGCAGUCAGCCUACCUGGUCCACGUGCCAGAAAACAAUCCACCUGGUGCUUCCAUAGCGCAGGUCAGCGCCUCUGACUCCGACCUGGGACCCAACGGCCACGUCUCCUACUCCAUCGUGGCCAGCGACCUGGAGCCGCGGGCGCUGUCGUCCUACGUGUCCGUGAGCGCGCAGAGCGGCGUGGUGUUCGCGCAGCGCGCCUUCGACCACGAGCAGCUGCGCGCCUUCGAGCUGACGCUGCAGGCCCGCGACCAGGGCUCGCCCGCGCUCAGCGCCAACGUGAGCCUGCGCGUGUUGGUGGGCGACCGCAACGACAACGCGCCUAGGGUGCUGUACCCGACGCUGGGGCCCGACGGCUCGGCGCUCUUCGACACGGUGCCGCGCGCCGCGCCGCCCGCUGCCGCUGGGGGCUGCUUUGGGUCUGUUCUCUGCUCCAAGUCUGGACCCGAGAUUCCCCCCAACUACAGUGAGGGAACGUUGCCCUAUUCCUACAAUCUGUGCGUUGCCCAUACUGGAAAGACAGAGUUUAAUUUCCUAAAAUGUAGCGAGCCUUUGCAUUCCACUCAAGACAUAGUUUGCGGCGAUUCUCCUGGGGCCUUGAUUCCACUUCAGGGUGGGAGUAAUUUGACUUCACAUCCUGAGACUCUAACACUGGUGAGUUUCGUUUUUGUGUCUUCUGUAAUAGUCUACUAGGUUCUCAUAUUUCAGGCAUACUACUUUAUUUUUAUAUCUAGAAUUAUAUUUAGAAAAACCAUAACUAAUCACCAUCUUGUCUUCUCCAGUGUUCACUUUUGGCUGAUUAUAUUUUUCAAAACUCACUUGGUUCAUACAUUACUCUAUAAUUCAGAAAGAAUGUCAUUAAAUUGGAGAUACCUUGUCAAGGUCAGAUUAACAAAGCAGAGGCAGUGGUCUUAGCUUCUUACCAAAUAAAUAAAUAACAACCUAUAUAUUCUAAUCUGCUUACAUUAAAGAUGAAUUUUCUAUGUUCUAUUUAUGUUUUUAAAGUUUAGUAAUAUUUAGGCACUCACUAAAUAUCAAAGAGGGUGUUCCUUUCGAAGAAACAUUUAUUGCAAAUAACCUCUCAGAUGCAUUUAGAUAUCUUUCUUCAUUUAUUUUAAUAAUUUUUAAAACGGUAAGCAUUUGAAGGAGGUGGUGGGCAGAUCCAUGAAUUCCUGAAAUUAUAUGCAAAGUUAUAGAUGUAUGCAUUUUUUCUUGGAGAAGGGUCAAAAUUUUCUUUCCAUUGCCAAGGUUUCUAUGGUCCCCCAAACUUAUUAACUAUUCUAGAGGAAUUUUCCUCUUCUAUUUUUGGUCUCUCUGGCCUUCUUCUUAUAUUUACUUAUAUUUUCUUGGAGCUCAAGUUGUACUCUUUUGCAAUAUUUUUUCCUCUCCAUUGGAAGAUCAAGAAUUUCCAAGAAAGCAACUAAAGUGCUCUUGCCUUUUGUGCUCAGUCUGUGUCUUGGAUUGCCUUGGAUUGACAUAAAAUUUUGAAGAAAAAAGAUAAAGUCUUGGAAGAGAUUCAUACUUGGAGCACAGUGACAUAAACACUUUUGAACGAUGUGUUCUUUUUAUGAAAGAAGUGGACUUCUAAACCCUUCACCUUUGAGGCAAGAACUGCCUUUGGUUUGAUGGGCACAUACAGUUGGAGAUGUGUUCACCACUUUACUUUGGGCUUCCAUAUAAAAUGCCAGAAGAGAUUAUUUAUAUUGGCAUCAAUGCCCUGAUAAAAACAGGUCAUUUGACAUAAACGCUUAUUUUGUAAACACCUACAUCACUGUUUCUAACUUAGUUUUUUUAAAUCUAGCACUUGAAUUUCUUCUACAUAUUUCUCUUCCCAUUACAACACCGACAUGUCACUUUUAGUUUAUUACCUGUUUAAUUUAUUUAAAUAUGUCAAAUUAAUUUCUAAUGAUAUAUGCCUUUAAUUUAAAACAUUUUUUAAAAAAGAUUCAUUGAGGCUCAAUAAAA